ACGCAAGUCACCACAGUUCAACAUGGAGGUCUACAUGUAUAGAUCUAACAUGUAGACCUCCAUGUCUUAAACAUUUUUUAGACACUGGCACACUGGUUGAGCUGUUCAAUAAAUAAUCAUCAAUCUACAUAUAUUCAAAAGCUUGAAAAAUAUAUACAUUACAUUGGAUAAUUUUUUAUGUAAUACGUGCUUACAUAAGCAGCAGUGACAACGAUAAAUGGUGACGUGGUUAUUGAUAAAGUAUCGACAAAUUUAAACUUAAAAAUGAAAAGUUGAAUUAUAACGAAAAAUGGAUCAGCUGUUGAUUCCACGAUAACGCCAAUGAUUUGGAAUGUUUUAAUAAGUUCAGCAACAAUGGGUAUUGAUAGUGGAUUGUUAAUGACAAUUUACGGUCGUAUAAAUAAACAGGCACAUUUUUUAAACGCCGAAGAUAAACCGCUUGCUGAUGAGAAAAAUAUGUUCAAAGUUGCUGGAAAAGAAUCAUCUAAAUGUGGACCACUUGCUAUUGGAUUAAUUAAUUACCAGAUAAAAUCGCUGGCUAUUGGGAAGCUCAUCAAAAAAUUGGUCAACUUGCUCAGUUUUAUUUAUUUAAGCCUAAAAAAAAUAAAUACUCUGCCUAUUUUUUGUAAAAUAAUAAAAAUCAUUGCUGACAAAGAUGCUAAUGAAUUUUACAAUGGUAGACUUGGUGAAUUGUUGAUUGAAAAUUUGAACGAUUUGAGAAUUAUAAUGACUAUUGAAGAUUUAAAAAAUUAUAGUGUUCAAUGGACAGAUCCAGCUGUUACUAAUUCUUCAAAUGGAAAAAAAAAAUUUACAUCAAAUUUACCUGGUCAUGGUGAACUAUUAGUAUUAAUAGCAAGAGGCCCAGGCUUUACUGACAUGACUGAUUCAUUGAAAAAUAUAACAUCAAAAGAUUUUGCAAGAAAUAUUAAAAAUAAAGUAGAUGAUGAAAGAACUUGGAAUGAAUCAAGUCAUUAUGGAUGGGCUGAUAAUCUUUUAAAGAAUCAUGGAAUAUCACAAGUAUCAGUAAUAGCACCAAAUAGUGAUGCGGUUGUUGUAUCUAGUAGUCUUAAUAGUCAGUAAGUCAUUUAGUUAAUAAGCCGUGUGACAAUGUUCAUCAAUUUGCUUGUGGGGUUUUUUUAGAGAGCCAAGAUUAUAAUCCUACCACUUAUUUAAAACUAGAUAGUGAUAAUUAUCUUGAAAAUUAUCUUGAAAAAGUAAGUGAUGACAUGGAGUGGACCAAUUUGUUUUUUGAUAUUGAUUUGGACAGUUUUUCAAUAACUGGAAUUGCUCCAAAUACACUAAUCUAUCAAAUUAAAACAAAUCAUGAUAAGAUGACAAAGUUAGCAUCAUCGUUUUAUAAAGGUAGUAAGUUCAAUGCACGAAUAAAAGA